AUGAAUUCAGAAAGGCCUUCUUUGCUUCUUCAUCGCUCACAGUACGUCAAAGGAUUCACACUAAGAAGAAACCUUGCUGCUGUAAUGUCUGUGGAAAAUCCUUCAGCCAGUGUGCCCACUUUAAUCAUCAUCAAAGAAUUCAAACUGGAGAGAGAGCCUACACAUGCCUGCAAUGUGGCAAAGCAUUUAGUGAUGAACCAAAACGUGUGCCAUAUCAGGAAACUCACCAAUGGUGAGAAGCCCUGCAGAUGUGGCGACUGUGGAAAAGGCUUUCAGAAGUACUACCUUAGUGUGCCUCAGAGAACCCAGACCAAUGAGAAGCCAUACAGAUGCAAUGAGUGUGGAAAAUCUUCCAAGGAUACCACAAUUUUUAAUGUUCUUCAAAGAAUCCAUACAGAAGAGAGACCCUGUGAAUGCCGUGACUGUGGAGAGGCCCUCAUGUGUUCUUAUCCCUCAUUAACACAUCAGCAUAUUCAUUUCUAG